AUGAAAGGAAGCUUAUUGAACCACUUCCAGCAAUUUGACAAGCUGUGCAUGAUUAUGCAGGCCGUCGUCAAGAAAUUUCGCAAGGUCACUAAGAACAUGCCUGAUGUGACAACGGAGAUGCUGAGAUGGGAUGCAACGAAGAUGCUGAGAUGGGAGAACGAUGGGAUGGUUAGAAUUGAGCACCAUAAAGUUGCUUUGAAGACAACACGUAUGCCGAGGAACAAGGGUGGAUCUCAAAAAUUGGAGGUCGAUCAAGUACUGGUCAAAGAGAUUGAAAGUUUGCGGGAAGAUGAUACCUUUAAAACAACUAUGGUCACAAGCGUCAGGACUGUAAGGCUGAUCAUGAAAACAAGAAGAGAUCAGGAGAAGAAAGAGCAUUUACUGCGUCAAGCUGGACGACAGCUGGGUUGUUUUUAA